UCUCUCUCCAGUUUCCAGCAGUCGAGCCCCCGCCAGCGUCCGGAGCAGUCGCGUUCCGUUCCGGACCUCGCGCGUCGCGUCCCCGUCAAGCCAAAGACCCCCGUCGCGACCGUCUAGUCAGUGUGUGUGUGAGUGCGUGGACAUGCAACAGCAGCCAUAAAGGAUUACCGCUUGCUAUGGGCGCCGCAGCCAUGGCCUUCUUCAACGCCGUGUCCGGGGCCAACAGACAGUCCCCCGCCCCUCCGCAGGGCCAGCAGGGCCACCAGGGCCACCCCAUGGCGCCACCGCUCGGCGUGGGCCCCGUGCCUGGCUCGAGAAACGCGCGCCGCCACUACCAGCAGCAGCUGCAGCAGAACCUCCAGGGCGCCAACAAGAUGCGGUGCAAGCAGGUGGUGCAGGCCGUGCAGGCCGUGCAGGCCGUGCCCCAGCCCGCGUCGUGCGUCGCGGGGCCCAGCAGGGUCCCCGAAGACGCCCCCGCAGUCCAGCAACAACAACAACAGCAGCAGCUGGCCGUGGUGCCGGUGGUCGCCCCUAGCCGCUGCCCCUGCACCGUCGACGAGUUCCUCGCGCCCUUCCGCAGCAAGAUGAAGGCCUUCAAGAAGCUCAAGAAGCGGCUAGCAACCCGGUCGUCGAGCGGCACCGCCACCAACAACAUGCCCCCGCUGGCCUUCCACCAGAUCCACGGCGAGAACAUCGAGCUCUGCUUCGACCGGCGCGUCGCCCGCCGCACCGAGUCCUUCUGCAAGGCCGUCACGUUCAGCAACCGGCCCGUGCUCGUCGGCGAGAAGGUGUACAUCCGCUUCCUGGAGAUCUCCGAUAGCUGGAGCGGGGUGAUCCGCAUGGGCUUCACGUCGUACGACCCCGUGUCGCUGGCGGCCUCGUCGUCGGGGCUGCCCCGCUACGCGUGCCCCGACCUCACCAACAAGCCGGGCAGCUGGGCCAAGGCGCUGUCGGAGCGCUUCGCCGUCCAGGGCGCCGUGCUCUACUUCUACGUGACCGCCACCGGCGACGUGCACUUCGGCGUCAACGGCGAGGACAAGGGCUUCUUCUUCGGCGACGUGGAGACGCGCGGCCCGCUGUGGGCCGUCGUGGACGUGUACGGCAACUCGACCGCCAUCGAGCUGGUCGACCCCCGCGCCCAGCUCAACAACUCCCGGCGCAGCCUGACGGGCAGCAGUGGCGAGUGGGACUCGAGCGGGUCGCCGGAGAGGCUGGCCGACGCCGGCCAUCACCAGCACCGCGGCGGCAGCGGCGGCCACCACGACCACGACAUGCUGCCGUCGCCCAGGUUCCAGCCGUCGGGCGCCGUGUUCAGCUUCAUGGCCUUCCACCGCACGCGCGGCAGGAACGUGGUGCUCAACGCGGACCGCACGCUGGCCACCAGGCCCGACACCGAGUUCUGCCACGGCUACGUGUUCACGCAGCGGCCCGUCGUGCUGGGCGAGCGCAUCGUCGUGCAGGUCCUCAACACUGAGCCGGCCUACGUGGGCGCGCUGGCCUUCGGGCUGACGUCGUGCGACCCCGCCACCCUGAGCCCCUCGGACCUGCCCGAGGACGCCGACUUCCUGCUGGACCGCUCCGAGUACUGGGUGGUGAGCAAGGACGUGGCCUCGGCGCCGCAGCGGGGCGACGAGCUCACCUUCUCCGUGACGCACACGGGCGAGGUGACCAUCUCCCGCAACGGCAGCACGCCCGUCGUCUUCAUGCACGUGGACCACACGCUGCAGCUGUGGGCCUUCCUGGACGUGUACGGGUCGACGCAGCGCGUGCGCCUGCUCGGCUCCCUCAUGGACCCGUCCCUCACGUCGACGCCGUCGUCCACGGCGGCACAGCGCCUGGCGCUGGCCAACCAGUCCAGCGUGGACCCGCACACUGCCAACAACCACAACAACGGGCGGCUGGCGUGCUGCACGCCCAGCGCGACCCCCAGCCAGGUGUCACGGCCGCCCGUGCCGCCCCACGGCCUGCCCGCCUCCGUGCUGCAGCUGGCGGCCAACGGCGGCACCAUGCUGGUCGUCAACCUGCCGCCCAACCCCCACACCUACCUGCCGGGGCCGGCGCCCACGCCCCAGUCCGCCAGCGGCCUCGCGGACGCGGGCCCGGCCACGUCCUUCGCCGAGAACGGCUUCGCGGAGCCCUCCGUGCAGCAGUGGGUGGGCCAGCACGCCGUGUCCAACACCAUGUCCGGCAGCGAGUGCUCCAUCUGCUACGAGCGCGCCAUCGACUCGGUGCUGUACACGUGCGGCCACAUGUGCAUGUGCUUCGAGUGCGCCGUGCAGCAGUGGCGCGGCAAGGGCGGCGGCCACUGCCCCAUGUGCCGCGCGGUCAUCAGGGACGUGAUCCGUACCUACAAGUCCUGAAGUCGUCCUGGACAGGACAGUCGAGUCAUUCGUGAUGUCGUUGAUUGUUGUCUACGGUUUUUAUUGUGAUGGUUCGCAGGUGGGCUCUGCUUGCCUUUCCUUUUCUUUUUUUUUUUGGUUUUGCUCAGCCAAUGUGCUGUGAGCGAUUCAUAGUGUAACUAAGUCAUUGACAAUGUGUGCAGUCGUAAACCUGUCUUUACCCAAAUGCUGGCAGAAACCAAAGACGUGUGAAUGUGUGAGUGAAUGCGCGCGCGUGUGUGUGUGUGUGUGUGUGCGGGACGCACUGUAAGUGUGAGAUGUUAUUUGUUGAUGGAAGGUGGAUGACAGGGAAGGUCAUUGUUGUUAUAACUUGAGGCCUCUGCCUAGACUGUGAAAAGGAACGAUAUGUUUCUUUUCUCUUUUUUUAAAUCUUCUAAGAAUAAGUUGCGAUUGUGUGGAUGGAUUUGUUUUGCACAUCAGUCUUUGUUUCACCUUUCAUGUUACCACUUCAGUUAAUUGUUAUUGUGAUGGGAAGUGCAUGUACUUGCUCGGCGACUAGUAUGUGCCAAAUGUUUGUGUGCCUGUUGUUCGUUGAAUGCAAAUGCCAAUGUCAUUCUCUCUUCUUGUGACUGAAAAAUAUGCUUGCAAUUGGAAGCAUGCCUGUAGUGUGCUUAUUAUUUUUCUACAAUGUGUUGAUGUUCUUAGUUUCUUUUAAAGUGACAUUUUCAGUGAUAUUAUUCAGUUGCUCUAAUUCUUAAGAUAAGUUUUUUGGAGGGAGAUUUUCUGUUGCGGUAAUGUGGCUCCUGUUGUGGUUCUGUUGAUAUCUUCAAUUGUUAAAGUUUUGAGAUAAAUUGUUUAUUAUUUCUAACCUUUUUGCACUAUAGAGGCUUAUCCUCUUUGACUGCUGUUUAAAGUUCUUUUAAAUGAGGACAGAAUGACGAUAUGUAAUGAUAAUCAUAGUGAAAAUUGUCGACAUCAAGACAAACUGAUUUUUAAGUAGUGUACCUCUCACUUUUGAAGAACUAAAUAUUUUGUGCUGAAAAAUCUCUUUUAACCGUCCCACAUUUUGAAUUCCAUUGAAUUAGACAUGAGCGCAGUUACAUUCCAGUUUCUGAAAAAGAGUGUGUGUAUGUGUGUGUAGACUUCUGUCCAUACUUGAAUGUCUAGUCAAACUGAUAUCCAUAUCCAUCUCCUUUCUGGUGUUGUUUUGAACAACUUUAUGUACAUAAGAUAUCUAACUAAAUAUUAUUAUUGUUAUGGGAAAAGAAAUCUGUCAUGUUGCAAUCUAGUAGUAUCAAUUCAAUUUUGAGUGUCUUUCUAAACCCUUUAGUAUUUUGAUUGAAAUAAUUUUUCAUCUGUAAUUAUUAUAUUUUAUUCAUGCUCCUCUUUGUUAUUGAAAUCACAUUUUCUAGUGUUAAUUUGAAUGUUAACACUCAGUCCCAUCCUACAGCAUUUUGUAUGGAAUAGAUCUACAUAUAAUUAUCAUCCAAAUACUUUCAUGAUUUGAUUGCUUAAUACAAGUCUCAAAGAUUAAAUCUGCUGCUCUUAUUUACCCCUUUCCUAUGACAGUGCUGUGCUGAAAUCAUGCUGAAACACACUCCAGAGAGGUUCUAGUUCCAUCCUUAAAGAGGUGACUGGCUGGGACAGGAAAAAUGAGUACUUCUUUGUUUAAAAAAUACCUUAUUUGCUUUAUUUGCUCCACUCUGAUGACAUCCCAAUAACAACAAAAUAAUGUAUAAUAUAUUACUCUCUUCAAAAUUAACACAAUCAUAAGAGUUGGGCCCUACUCUCAUGACACAAUAUACAAUGAAAUAAAUAAAAUCAAGAAGGAAACUUGAAGCUUUGGAAAAUUAACUAUAAGAGCUAGUUUACUACACAACUAUUUUAAACCCUUUCAGAUUCAUGAUUUACGUUGCUCCUUUUUUAUCUUAUUGUUAAACAUCUGCAAAAAGCCAACAAUAUUUUUCUUGCCCAGACAUAAGUUAACUAUACGCAGUAAAGAGCAGGUAUGCUUUGAGAUAACAAGUGACAAGCCAUUUUGUGAUAUGUCAUUCUGAAUAGGUCUAAUAAAGGUUAAAUGAGCCACCAUGCAAGUAGGACAGUCCUGCAAACAUCCUACUCAAGUGCAGCAAGACAGUGAGGGUGAGAGGUGUUGCACUGCACGUUUUUAAAACAUUGUUAUUUCCAGUUAUUGGUCAAACUGUUUUAAAUGCUGUAGAAAAAUUAAAAAUGUUUCAAAAAAAUAAUACAGUAGGAACAAUGUGAGGAGUGA